GAUUUGUCAUCACCUAGCACAGCAAGGUCCUCUUCCAGCAACAAGUUAAGAGUAACUCUGUUAAGCAGUGAAUGGAAGUCAACAAAAGGAGGCUUGUCAACAAUUAACAGAGUGCUGGCCAUUCAAUUAGCAAAACAUCCCGGCGUGGAAGUCAGUGUUUACCUCCCUCAGUGUAAUAAAGAAGAUAAACAAGUCGCUGCAAGCCAAUACAGUGUAAAACUAAUUGAAGCCGAACCAAUGGCAGCUUUUGACCCAGUCGAUUGUUUGUCCUUCUUACCAAAAGACCAUGCUGUGGACUGUGUGAUAGGACAUGGGGCCGUCCUUGGUCGGCAAGUGCAGGGAAUAAAACGUUAUCAUCCUCACUGCAAGUGGAUUCAGGUCGUCCAUACCGAUCCAGAAGAACUUGCAAUGUACAAAGCAUAUGAGAAACGCAUUUCCAAAGGUGAGACAAAGCACGAAAAGGAGGUUGAACUCUGUAAAUUAGCUGAUAAAGUUGUAGCAGUUGGACCCAAGCUGGCUGAAGCCUUCUCAAGAUAUCUCCGCCCUUGUGGAAAAGAUCAAGAUGUUAUCAAGCUUACCCCAGGCAUUUUUGCUGAGUUUUCUGAUGUAAAGCAAGCCCAUGGCGAGUUAAGUUCAUUUAGUGUUUUAGUGUUUGGACGUGGUGACAGUGAAGAUUUCCAACUGAAAGGAUACGACAUCGCCGCUAAAGCGAUUGCUGAGUUGAAUGACAAGACUUACAAGCUAACAUUUGUUGGAGCAACAAGAGGAGAAGAAGAGCAAGUAGCAGAAAUGUUACUCCAACAAGGCAUUGACCCAAGCCAACUCAAGGUACGUUCUUUUAAUGAAAGCAGAGAACAACUAGCUGAAUUGUUUUGUGAGGUUGAUCUUGCGAUAAUGCCAUCCCGAACUGAAGGCUUCGGGUUAGCUGCCCUUGAGGCUUUAUCAGCUGGUCUACCUGUUCUUGUCAGUGAAAACUCUGGUCUUGGAAAAUCUCUGAAGAAAGUUCUCUGUGGUUCAAGCUGCGUGGUAGAGUCAGAGGAUCCCAGGGAGUGGGCCAAUGCAAUCAAAGCUGUCCGUCGCAAAGAAAGGGAGAUGCGACUUAGAGAGUCUAAAAUGGUACGUGCAGCUUAUGCAGAAGAGUACAGCUGGAAGGAACAGUGCGAUAAACUUGUACAGGAGAUGAAAUUUUAA